AUGAUUCAUGAGUUAUGUGAUAAAGGCCAAUUUAUUACUACAACAUUUCGUCCAGAAAUGCUUGCCAACGCCGACAAAUUUUAUGGUGUGACAUUUUCAAAUAAAGUUUCAAGCGUUAGUGCAAUUACUAAAGAUGAUGCACUCAAAUUUAUUACACAGGAACAACCACAAUAA